AUGAAACGUUUGUUCUUGUCCGAUUUUCCACCACCAAACGGUUCAACUACGAAACACAUAAUCAACUAUUGGCUUGUCAAUGGCGGUGGUGGUUCUCAGUUUGGAAUGGAGACAUUUGGAGUAUCAAUGUUGAAACAAAUCAUUUUAAACAAUUACCAUAAUAAAUAUCCUCAGACACAUCCAGUAAUGUACCUGUUUCAAUACAGAGGAGCGGGAAUGAGUAUACCAUCGAUUCAUUGUUACACAGCGACAAACUGGAUCGAUUGUGCAAAAGAAUUGAUUCGAACAACAGUACCCUCAUCAACAAAUGAAUCAUUAAAAAUAAUAAAUGCAAUGACAAAUCAAAAUAUUGCACAAGAUUUACAGUAUCAAAUUCAGUAUUCGAUCAAUCAGUCGCAACCGACAUCUCAAACAUCAACCUAUAUCUACGGAUUGAGUCAAGGAACUGGUAUCAUUGAAUAUUAUCUAUCGAUCCAAACAAUCAAUUCCCAGUUACAACAGAUCAAUGGAGUCAUUCUCGACGGGAUAAUGUCGAUAAGAGAUUCGGAUGCAUUUCAAAAUCAAAUGAAAUCAAUAAAUGAUCGAUUCUACUUGUAUCUAUCGAAAUGUCAAGAUGAUAUUUUAUGUUCGAAAGCAUUCAGUCUUGUCACUGGCACUGAUCAGGAUAUCAUAAGUGUAGCGUUAACAUUCCAAAUGCUUUUUUUGACCAACACGACAAACGCUCUCUGCACAACCAACUUGGGAUUGAAUAGCUGGGAUCUAUUUACUCUUAUUGGAAACCAAGGAAUUGAAAAUAUCAUCGUUCGUCCAAUAACUGCAAUUCUCAUUGCUCGUAUAUAUCGUUGUUCCGCUGAAGAUCAACGAGUUUUGUCUCGAGCACUACCGAUCAUUAUUGCCUUAGUUGAACAAUCAUCAUCCACGCAUUUGAUCGAUCCUCCUGAAGAUUAUCCAAAUGAUGGAAGUGUUUUAAGUAUAACAACAAUCUGGAGCGAUUUUGUUGGUUUUACUUUGGAUCAGAACUUUAAAACUAAUUCUAGUUUUUAUAAUGACUUUUGUAUCAGCAGUAAGGUCCUCAAUGAAUUUUAUCUGGCACCGACCGGUCCUAUGCCACUCUGUGGUGAAACGCAAUUGUCAAUAUACAAUUAUACCAUGCCAUCCGUAUUCAAAGACAUUUUGUACGCAAAAAGUCCACGUUACUGGGGAAAAUUCCAAGUUAAUCCAAAUAUAUUUCGAUCUCAAGAAGGUGGGGCAUUAUUAUUGAACGGAGAUUUAGAUUAUAAUUCGCCAAUGUCGAGUGCGCAACAAGUUCAAAAACUGUUUGUAUCAGAACAAAUUCAAACAAAAUUUGUCGCAAUGAAGGGUUUAACUCAUGUCACUGGUAUUCAAUCUUACACGAAGGAGGGUGGAUUUCAAUCAACAACAUGUACAAAUCAGAUUAUUGUUCAAUUUUUGUAUCAACAGGAAUUAAAUUUAAAUUUGUCAAACAUCGAUUGCACAUGCAGUCUGAAAGAAAAUUUGAUUGGAAUCGAUUGGUUUUAUUCAAAUCCAACCGUGAAUCAAACAUUGUAUAGUGUGUUUGGUAACUCAACAACAGAUUACUGGGGAGUAAAUAUGACAAUGACACAAUUAGAAGAAACGGUAUAA